CGCGCCUCUGUCAUUCGGUUGUCAUACGCCGCGUACUGUGGACGUGACCGUAAUAAUCUGUGAUAAAUAUUAUUAACGACUUUACGUCUAAUAUUGAAAUAUUCUAUAAGUUCUCACUAAUUAUUCUAAGACUUAAAUUGCAUCAAGAUGGUGAACGGCCGUGCGUUGCAUUUCGUGUUCAAAGUGGCUGACAGGACCCUCACAGCAAAAUUCUACCGAGACAUCUUGGGAAUGAAGGUACUUCGUCAUGAGGAAUUCAGCGAAGGGUGUGAAGCGGCCUGCAAUGGACCAUACGCAAAUAGAUGGAGCAAGACUAUGGUAGGCUACGGCCCUGAGGACACACAUUUUGUUGUUGAGCUUACAUACAACUACGGGAUCACACAUUACGAGACAGGCAAUGACUUUAUCGGCCUCACCAUACAGUCCAGCGAGAGUCUGCAGAGAGCUGCGGCCAAUAAUUGGCCAGUGAAGCAACAGAAUGGGAUUAAAUACUUGGAAGCACCUGGUGGAUACAAAUUCUUCAUUGUUGAUAAACCGGAGCCUGUUGGAAAAGACCCAGUUCAAAAAGUGUCGCUAGCCUGCUCUAACCUGGCGAGGUCCAUCGCCUACUGGAACGGCCUGCUGACGCUCAAGAUCUUCGAGAAGAAGGAUAAGUCCGUGGUCGUCGGCUUCAGUGAGGACCAGGCCAAGCUUGAGCUGGUUGAAAUUGCUGAACCCAUAAACCGCGCAAAGGCCUACGGUCGCAUAGCAUUCGCCUGCCCAUUUGACGAGCAGCCGAUCAUCGACCGCAAGAUUCAGGCCGCCAACGAGAAGAUCCUCACCCCCCUCAUCUCACUAGACACCCCUGGAAAGGCUACCGUCCGCGUCAUCAUUCUAGCUGACCCAGACGGCCACGAGAUCUGCUUCGUGGACGACGAGAGUUUCCGCCAGCUGUCCCAGGUGGACCCGGCCAGCGACGCCGAACUCGACAAAUUCAUUAAAUCAGAUAAGUCGCGCUAAGUAAUUCUUUAUCUAUGCCACAAGUAUGUCGAUUAGAUGAUAAUUAUACAUUCGUUCGAGUAUUAUUACUUUGUUGUAUUUGCUAAGACUGAAGCCCAUUUUAUAAAUUCAGGUUAUUUAAUUACUUGGCCACAAUCAAAUUUUAACGUCAAUAUGACUAAAUAAAAAAACAUACAGAUCUAGUGCAUAAUUAUUUUCCAUCGUAUUUUCACGGAAACGUACUAACAUGCCUUGCCAUUUCAGUCAGUCUCAGUACAAAAAGUACUGAGGUUGUCUGAAGUAGCAUGACUAAUACGAACGUUUUCGAGAAAAUACGAUGGAAAAUAAUUAUGCACUACAUCUUUAUGUGAUGUCGGAUAAAAAGGACCCCACAGCAAACAUAGGGUAAAAGUGGUUUCAGUUAAAUCUCACGAAAUUUUAGUAUGAUGCUAAUUUGGCUCUCCUGAUUAUUUUUUUGUAUGGGCACAACUCUCUCAGAAGUAAACUUUCAGAAAUAAUCAAUGUAAUUGUUUUAUACAAAAUAUGUGUUUGUUAACCAUUUUUACGUAAUUCCUCCUCAUGACAGUUGGUGGCUGCAACUUAUAACGUCAGUAACUGUCAGUGCGUGUCAUAACAAUAUAUCGAUUUUAGAAAACAUGUCGCGUAAAUAGAAAAUUAUAUACUUGAUUAUUUCUGAAAGUAUACUUCUGAGAGAGUUGUGCCCAUGCAAAAAAAUAAUUAGAAGAGCCAAAUUAACAUCAUACCAAAAUUUCGUGAGAUUUAACUGAAACCACUUUUUGUUGAACCUAUGUUUGCUGCGGGGUCCUUUGAUGCCAAUGACCUAAACGAUGAACUUUUUGAUACCAUUGUUACCGAUUGUUGUAUUUCGUAUCGAUUUCGAUGCUGGAUUUUUUUAUGAAAUGGGCAUUGGGCACUACUCAAAAGUUUUAGAAUGUUGAAACUUAAGCAUAUUGAGACUUCGCUUCUUCUGGAGCAUUGUGUUGUAAUAAAUACCUUGUAUGUUUUGGUCCGCGAAAAACACUGUAUUUUAUCAAGCUUUCUUAUGUAGUAUUUGUAAGUUGUGCCAACAUCACAAUUUAAGAUUAUCUUUCCCCAAAUUAUUAAUUUAUUGUAUUAAAUUACGUACAAUAUUAAUUAUAUUGUUAAAAUGUUAUUAUACGAGUAUGUUCUGUGUUUAUUAAAGUGAUAUCUUUUAAUAUACAAUUGAAGUAA